GAACAAAGUUUGAACUGAGAGUCUGGAAAACAAGCCUGUGAAAGUCAGACUGAGCGCUGCGAUCAAUAAUGGAUCCAGCGAAGAGUGAUGAAUGCAUGAGCGAGCACGCUGCCAACCUUCUGGGCACCGGACAGCAGCACAAACAGACCGCAAGCACCGCGAACAGAAAGUCAAGAUACGUGAAAAUCCUCUUUGGGGUCCUUCUACUUUGCUUGCUGGCUUUAAUGAUCACAAUCGUAUUUCUACUGAAACUCCGCUGCAGUGAGAAAGUCAGCAGCUGUAAAAACCGCUGUAUAUCCAAAAGUCAUGAUGCUAAUUCAGCGUGCCAAUGUGACUCUGCAUGUGUGAAUGAAGGCACCUGCUGUCUGGACUAUGAGGAAGUGUGUGUGGAACCAAGUCAACGCUGGACUUGCUCGAAAUUCCGCUGUGGUGAGGACCGCUUGACAAACAGCCUCUGUUCCUGCUCUGCAGAUUGUGUCAAAGUGGGUGACUGCUGUUCAAACUACAAGAGCACAUGUGAAGGUGCAAAAACUUGGCUUGAAGAGGAUUGUGAGGAAAUAAAGACUCCUCAGUGUCCUGCUGGAUUUUCUAAACCGCCGCUGCUCCUGUUGUCUCUGGAUGGAUUCAGGGCAGGAUACAUGAAAGCAUACAGCAACAUGCUUCCUGUCAUCAACAAACUCAGGAAAUGUGGGACCUCAACGCCAUAUAUGCGGCCUGCUUAUCCUACCAAGACCUUCCCAAAUCAUUACACCAUAGUGACAGGUCUAUAUCCAGAAUCCCAUGGCAUUGUGGACAACAAGAUGUAUGAUGUCACUCGCAAUGCCUCUUUCAGUUUGAGAGUAGAAGAGAAAUUCAAUUCUGCAUGGUACCAGGGUGAACCAGUUUGGCUCACAGCCAUGAAACACAAACUUAAAACGGCAACUUUCUUCUGGCCUGGAUCAGAUGUGAAAAUCAAUGGAAAAUACCCAGAUUUCUGGACGAAGUAUGACAGUAAAAUCCCAUUUGAAAAGAGGGUGGCAGACAUAUUUAAAUGGUUGCAUUUGCCUGAAGGAAAAAGGCCAGACUUUUACACCUUGUACUUUGAAGAGCCUGAUUCUUCUGGCCAUCGAUUCGGGCCAAUGAGCAGCCAGGUGAUUGAGGCUUUACUGAAUGUUGACAGAUUGAUUGGGCUAGUGUUGGAGGGUCUCAAGCAAAGACAAUUGGACAAAUGUGUCAACCUGAUUCUGCUGUCUGACCACGGGAUGGAAGAAGCAUCAUGUGAGAAAGCUGCAUACGUUUCAAGAUAUCUAAAAAACAUUAAUGACAUCACCGUCAUCCAAGGCCCAGCAGGAAGAGUCCGGCCCAGACGUUUGCCUGAUGAGUUCUUCACCUUCGAUUAUGAAGGUCUGGUGAAAAGCCUUUCGUGUGUGGAAUCUGAUCAGCCGAUGCGGCCCUAUCUCAAGGAGCACCUGCCCAAACGGCUUCACUUUGCAAAUAAUAUACGUAUCGAGAGAGCACAUCUCUACAUGAAGCCGCAGUGGCAAGCAGCAUUGCAACCAAGUGAAGUUAAAUACUGCAGCGGUGGCUUUCAUGGCUCGGAUAAUGUCUUCAAGAACAUGCAGACCAUAUUUAUCGGAUUUGGACCUGGGUUCCAUUAUAAAACAACUGUGGCUCCCUUUGAGAACAUUGAAGUCUAUAACCUGCUAUGUGAUUUGCUGGGUAUUCCUCCAGCCCCCAAUAACGGCACCCAUGGCAGUUUAAACCAUCUACUGAAGAACCCACCGCACCAGCCAGUGUACCCCGCAGAGCGCUCUGCACCAUCCACAUGUACCCCUGACAGUGGGUACCUACGUGACCCCCGUGGUUGCACCUGUGAUUCCCUCACUAAAGCCGAGGUGAACCGUUUCAACCAGCGACUCAUGGACUCAGAUUCAAACUCAAAUGUCAAACCUCUUCAUUUGCCGUUUGGAAUCCCACGUGUUCUUCAGGAGCAGUCUGAUUACUGUAUACUCCACCACACUGCAUACAUCAGCGGAUACAGCAGAGACAUCCAGAUGCCCCUUUGGGUUUCAUACUCUUUGAAUGCAACGGUUAGUGUGCAGCCGUCAGUAGAACCAUGUGUGCGGGCUGAUGUGCGUGUACAGGCCAGUGCGAGACAGUCCUGCACCUUCUACAAGGAUAAUUCCAACUUGACCUUCGGCCUUCUUCAUCCACCCAACUUCAGUCCUGCAGGAACAGAGUCAGACUCCUUAAUUACAAGCAAUAUGGUGCCCAUGUUUCCUGCUUUCAAAGAUAUUUGGAAUCACUUCCACAAUGUUUUGCUGGGAAAGUAUGCACAAGACCUGAAUGGUGUCAAUGUUGUGAGCGGACCAAUAUUCGAUAACGACUUUGAUGGGAUCUAUGACUCCAUGAACAAGGAAACCCCGAAUGGCGUGCACAACCCUACACAUUUCUUCAUGAUUCUUGCAAAUUGUAAGAACUCUUCCUUACCAGUCCUGCAGUGUGACGGCCCUCUGGAUGCUCUGUCUUUCAUUCUUCCACAUCGACCUGAUCAUCUAGAAACAUGUCAUAAUGGCACUGAUUACUCAUGGGUCCAGGAUUGGCUUCAGCUUCAUGUGGCCAGAAUCCGAGACAUUGAGCUUUUGACGGGCUUGAGCUUUUACCACGAUCGGAUUUCUGUUGCUGAAACGUUACUCCUCAAGACGAUGCUCAAAACAUUUUAGAAUGUUGUGAAGCCAACGAGGACUUCAUUAUUAUCUUUCUGCGGGCCACGAACAGUACAUUCAGAGUGGAUCUUUUUCAGAUGUCCAACACAACUGAGUGAAACAAAGACAUGAGUUCAUCCAUGGAGUCUCUGAUCUUCCCAAAUGAAUUUGUUUUUAAAUAUAUUUAAGGUUUAUGCUUUAAUGAAUGCAUUAUUCUCCUUGGAGAUCCAUCUAUAAUUGGGGAAAUCAAAUUGUAAUCCAACAGUCUUAGUUAACUGAAAUUUGGCAUAUGCGAUGAAAGUUUUUCCUGGUUUUUAGCAUACAUAUGUUAGUGAUUUUGCUGAAUGCAUGUGCAACCACAAACAGCUUUUGUGCAAAAACAAGAGAGCCACAUUUUCCACAAGAAUAAGUGUUUUUUGUUGUUGUUCUACAACAGAAUUCUCUAUACUGCAUCUGGUGAAAUGCCAUCAUUUCCUGGCUGAUUUAUUUCUGUAUAAUAGUGAUUUUAUAGCAGUACUGUCCUUUACUGGGAGAACUUAAAACAACAGAAGAAAAAUUUGUAUCAGUUUUUGUACCACAUUUUUUUUUUAGAUUUAGUGCAUUCACUUUCUCAGGUCAGUUUUGAUAAAUCGGAUCAUAAACAUUCUUAGAAAAGAAUUGCACAGACUGUGUAAAGUGCAUUUUUGUAAGCUGCAAGCAGGGAUAAGCAUGCACUCAGAAAUUGUAGAUAUCCCAUGUCUAAGAAGGUAGAUUUUAUAUAUGUGGUUUAUAACUCAUGUGGUAAACAAUGAUUAAAUAUUAAACCUUUGUGUUGUAUGUACCUUGUCUGUGCCGUUUGUUAGGGUUCAGUGACUUUUAGUUGCACUCUCAGCUGCUCAAGUGGGAGUAUGAAUUAUUAAGUACCCCUAAAGGGCAAGUUCACAAUUUGUCAUAUUAGUUUA